ACCGGGCGGGAGGCGCGCAGGGGCGGCAGUCGGGCGGCGGGACGGGGGAGGCGCGAAUCACUCAUAAAUGGCGCCGAAGCAGGACCCGAAGCCUAAAUUCCAGGAGGGUGAGCGGGUGCUGUGUUUCCACGGGCCUCUCCUCUACGAAGCCAAGUGCGUGAAGGUCGCCAUAAAGGACAAGCAAGUGAAAUACUUCAUACAUUACAGCGGCUGGAAUAAAAACUGGGAUGAGUGGGUUCCCGAGAGCAGAGUGCUCAAGUACGUGGACACCAACCUGCAGAAGCAGCGGGAGCUUCAGAAGGCCAACCAGGAGCAGUAUGCGGAGGGCAAGAUGCGAGGGGCUGCCCCGGGGAAGAAGACAUCGAGUCUGCAGCAGAAAAGUGUGGAUGUGAAGACAAAAAAGAACAAACAAAAAGCUCCUGGAAACGGAGAUGGUGGCAGUACCAGCGAGACGCCCCAGCCUCCUCGGAAGAAGAGGGCCCGAGUAGAUCCUACUGUUGAGAACGAGGAGGCCUUUGUGAACAGGGUCGAAGUCAAAGUGAAAAUCCCCGAGGAGCUGAAGCCGUGGCUCGUCGACGACUGGGACUUGAUCACGCGGCAAAAGCAGCUCUUCUACCUUCCCGCCAAGAAGAACGUGGACUCCAUUCUGGAGGAUUACGCGAAUUACAAGAAGUCCCGGGGAAACACAGAUAACAAGGAAUACGCGGUGAACGAGGUGGUGGCGGGGAUCAAGGAAUACUUCAACGUCAUGCUGGGCACGCAGCUGCUCUACAAGUUCGAGAGGCCGCAGUACGCCGAGAUCCUGGCCGACCACCCUGACGCGCCCAUGUCCCAGGUGUACGGGGCGCCACACCUGCUGCGGCUCUUCGUGCGCAUCGGCGCGAUGCUGGCCUACACGCCCCUGGAUGAGAAGAGCCUGGCGCUGUUGCUCAACUAUCUUCACGAUUUCCUCAAGUAUCUGGCGAGGAACUCGGCGGCUCUGUUCAGCGCCAGCGACUACGAGGUGGCCCCGCCCGAGUACCACCGGAAGGCGGUGUGACGCCCUCGCCUGCGCAGCACGCUCGUCCCCGGCCCUCCUCUUGUACAGACGACGUACCUUGACCAUGUUAGCGUGUGACAGAGUUGGUGUUCGUUUCCUGUUUGAUUUUAAACAGAGAAAAUAAAAGGGGUUUCCGCUCCUUUCCUCUCUCUCCAUUUCAAAGCUGCCCCCCACCCCACUCCCGUGUGCCCGUGGAGGGCGCGGAGCGGCGCUGUCCUGCCCACCGCCGCGCGGCCGAGCUGCUUCUGAGUGCUGGUGGCCCCGUCCCCGUGACACUGCGCACUUUCAUGCUGUGUCCUCGCUCACGACAAACGCCCCGGUUGCUAGUGCCAAAGGUCACGUCCGCGCGCAGCUGACCGCGCUGUCGGGCUGCCCGCUCGAGGCCUGCAGCGCCGCCCGCAGCCCGCGCCGCCGGCGUCUCCCCGCUCAGACUGUGAAGGUGGUGGCCUGUCCCCUGGUGUCGUGUUUGUGUCUGGUGCACGUUUCACACGGUAGACGCAGCGCGCGGUGCCGCUGCAGUUUUCUGGAAAAGUCAGUCUUUUAGGAGUUGUUUUUCAGAUCUUCAAUAAAUUUUUCUUUA